CACCACACUUGUCUUCUCUACCGGCUUUGAGAGGGCAGCAGCUACUGCUCUCUUCCUCUGUACUGUCAUUUUCCUCUGUAAUUUCCAUCCGUUCGUCCUUCGGAUAGACGCCUGUAGGGAUGGCGGAACUGGAGGGCUUGGAGUUUGGGAAGUCUGACUUCGUACUUUUAGAUGAAGUGAAUAUGGAGCAGUUUAUGGAGAAUCUGAGGUUAAGGUUUGAGAAGGGCCGUAUCUACACCUUCAUUGGAGAAGUGGUGGUAUCAGUAAAUCCAUACAAAAAGAUGGAUAUCUAUGGGAAGGAGGUUAUUGAGGAUUACAGGGGCAGAGAGCUGUAUGAGAACCCACCACAUCUUUACGCGGUCGCAGAUGCUGCCUACAAAGCCAUGAAGAGACGAGCCAAGGACACAUGUAUCGUCAUCUCAGGUGAGAGCGGAGCUGGAAAGACUGAGGCCAGCAAGUACAUAAUGCAAUACAUCGCAGCCAUCACAAACCCCAGUCAGAGGGCAGAGGUUGAGAGUGUAAAGAAUGUGCUCCUCAAGUCCAACUGUGUGUUAGAGGCCUUUGGAAACGCAAAGACCAACCGCAAUGAUAACUCCAGCCGCUUUGGGAAAUACAUGGACAUCAACUUUAACUUUAACGGUGAUCCUACAGGAGGACACAUCAACAAUUACCUGCUGGAAAAGUCAAGAGUUGUUCAACAGCAUGAGGGAGAGAGGAACUUCCAUUCAUUUUAUCAGUUGUUACGAGGAGGGUCUGAUGAUUUGCUGAAGUCCUUGUAUCUGCAAAGAGAUCCUGCUGUAUAUACCUACACAAGUCAAGGAGCCUCUGUCACAGUUGCCUCCAAUAAUGACUCCUUAUGCCACAAAGCUGUGAUGGCAGCACUAAAAGUGAUUGGCUUCACUGCAGAUGAUAUCAGCUCCAUCUACAAGAUACUUGGGACUAUCUUACACCUGGGUAACCUUCAGUUCACUAGUGACGGCGAACAUGUCACACUUGUUGGAGAAGAGACAGUGAAACAAAUUUCAGAGCUGACGUCCACAGAAGCGGAGAAUGUCAGAAAAGCACUGCUGUAUCGCACAGUGGCAACUGGAGGUGGUGAGGUCAUCGAGAAGGGACACAAUGAGCAGGAAGCCAGCUAUGGAAAAGAGGCUUUUGCCAAGGCUUUGUACGAAAGAUUAUUUGGUUGGAUAGUUGGCCAUAUCAAUGCAAUGAUUGAAGUGAAGGACUACAACCCAGCCCUGCAUGGCAAAAACACUGUUAUAGGUGUGCUGGACAUCUACGGCUUUGAGAUCUUUGACAACAACAGCUUCGAGCAGUUUUGCAUUAACUACUGCAACGAGAAGCUACAGCAGCUUUUUAUUGAACUCAUCCUACGUCAGGAGCAGGAUGAGUACCAGAGAGAGGGCAUCACAUGGCAACAUAUUGAAUACUUCAACAAUCAAAUCAUAGUAGAUUUGGUGGAGCAGCCUCAUAAAGGCAUCAUCUCCAUCCUGGAUGAGGCUUGUCUCACUGCAGGCAAAGUCACGGACACCGUCUGCCUGGACAGCAUGAACAAAAAGCUGGGUCAGCACCCUCACUACACCUCCCGGAAGCUCCUUCCCACGGACAAGACCCUGGAGUUCAACAGAGACUUCCGUAUCCGACACUACGCGGGAGAUGUAACAUACUCAGUUGAAGGUUUUCUUGAUAAGAACAAGGACCCGCUUUUCCAGGAUUUCAAGCGACUGAUGUACAACAGUUCUGACCCAGUUCUUAAAGAAAUGUGGCCUGAUGGGAAAAUGAGUAUUACAGAAGUCACCAAACGGCCUUUAACUGCAGCUACACUCUUUAAAAACUCUAUUAUCGCCCUAGUGGACAAACUGGCCUGUAAGGAGCCGUACUAUGUGCGCUGUAUAAAGCCAAAUGAGGUGAAGUCCCCAUUGAUGUUUGAUGACGCACGCUGCCAACACCAAGUAGCGUACCUGGGCCUGCUGGAGAACGUCCGUGUACGUCGGGCUGGAUUUGCCUACAGACAGCUUUAUGCACGCUUUCUGCAGAGAUAUAAGAUGACCUGUGAGUACACGUGGCCCAAUCAUCUGAUGAGUACAGACCAGGAGGCCGUGGAGGCCAUUGUGAAUCAACACGGAUUUGAGGAUGAUGUAGCAUACGGCCACACCAAGCUCUUUGUGAGAACGCCUCGCACACUCUUCACCCUGGAGCAGGAGAGAGCCGCACUCAUUCCUAUACUUGUGCUCUUCUUACAGAAGGUAUGGAGAGGAGCAUUAGCACGGAUGCGCUGUAGGAAGAUCAGAGCCAUCUAUACUAUAAUGGCACAUUAUAAAUGCUAUAAGGUGAAGGCUCACUUCUGGGAGGUGGAGAGACGAUUCACCAACGUUCGAAACAUGGCGGACUAUGGGAAGAGCGUGGAGUGGCCGGUGCCCCCUGCAGCCCUGAUGCAGUUUCACAAGAUCACGCAACACCUUUACCGCCGAUGGUGGGCACGACAGCUCAUCAAAAAUAUCCCCCCGUCAGAUAUGGCAGAGGUGAGAGCGAAGGUAGCUGCUCUGGCCGCUCUGUGCGGUGAAAGAGUCGACUGGGGUUACAGUCGGGCCUGGGAGAGAGACUAUCUGGCCAAUGCCAAGGACUCGCCGCUGACAAGCUCCAACUUUGUGCGUAUCACUAAAGAGCUGAAAAACAAAGACCAGUAUGGCCAGGUCCUCUUCUCAUGCUUUGUCAGAAUGCUCAACUGGUUCAAUAACACGAAGGACAGAGCUCUGCUCAUCACCGACAAGCACAUUUACAGACUGGAACCCAAAAAACACUUUAAAGUGCAGAAACGGAUAACGCUCGAUUCUGUUGUAAGUGUGAGUGUAACAAGCAGCACUGACCAGAUGGUGGCGCUACACACUGCUUCUCAUGAUGAUAUUCUGGUUCACCUGCAAAGGGGUGAAUUGAACUCAAAUCAAGACCGGGUAGGGGAACUGGUGGGCACCCUUGCAGACCACUUCACACGAGUCAGGAACACUGCUCUUCCAGUGAAGGUGUGCUCCUCAGGGAUGCAGGUACAAAUGAGCGGCAAGCCCAAGACCAUCACCGUGGAGACCAAGCCAGGCCAGACCAUUGCAGAUUUCAAGAAAAGUCGAACAGGAUUUACCUUAUUCCUGCCCCAUCAGUAAACCGGCCUCUGAUUGGCAGUGCUUAGAAAGACAUUGAAACAGUAUUUAUCCUUACAAUUGAAAAUAUUGCACAUGGGACUACAGUACUCAUAAGGGAAGAAGCAGUGAUUUCAUGCAUUUUACGAUUGCUUAUUUACUCAGGAGAAUUCAACACAAUCCUCUUUUUAUACAAUGCACUUUGUCAUUUUAAUAGUCAUCUGUCUUAUGCAGAGGAAAACCUGAUCAUGGAUUUAAAAAAGAAGAUGGGACAGUUCUCCUGUCGUUAUUUCGUUUUUACAAAUGAAAUAGCCUUAAAGUGUUGUCAUGCCUUUUCUACAGAGACUUUAUUAUUUAUCUACGAUUCAGAAGCGAACAUUGUAAUGGCUUUUGCACUUUUUACCUAUGUAAAGUAUACUGUAUGUCCUCUAUGAUUGCAUUUUUUCACAAGAUUAUAAGUGUGGAGAUGUUACCAAGAGGUUUUACUGUCAUGUGCUAUUACUUCUUUUGAGUAAACUGAAGUAUUUUUCAAACAUUAUAACAGCACACAUGGGUCUUUGUUGCAUAUUCAAAUAUGUUUUUUAAAUGACUGUAAUAAUAACAUUAUAUGAAUUGCUUUGUGAUAGUAAAUGCUCACUGGAAUUUUGUUGUUUGCUGGUGUGAUGUUUUAAGCCGUUUUAGCCGUUUUCUGUCUUCAGUUCCCUGCUGAGAGCUUCUCUCAUCCACUCUGUGUCUGUGGUUUGAUGCUAAUUUUGCAUGCACCCUUCUGUCUAUUGACAUUCAACAGCGUUUCUGCAUCUCAGUGUGUCAUGAGCAGUCGCGUCAUUGAAUAUCUGAACAUGUAUUUUCGUCACACUUUUCGCUCUGGCUGUCAGUUUACGUUGGAAUAGUUGACAUGAGAUGUCAAGCGGUGAUAGCAGCGCAACACGCUACGCUUCAUCUAUGACAUCAGUUGCUUAUAUAUUUAGUUAUCUUAAUUGAUACACUUUGUAGAUUAUUUAUUUGAAUUUGUUCAUUUAACAGGAUGUUUUGAGUCUAAAGCAAUUCAAAUUUUUGUGAUUGUUUCUGGAUAAUUAAUUUAUGGACGUAUCUGUCAUGUGUUUAUUAAUUGUAUCUUUUGGUAACAGAUUUUACUGCUUUUCAGUGUAGAUCUAUUCAGUACUUCUCCUCUGUAAUUACAUUAGUUUAAUUUUAUAUUAUAUAAGCGUUAACAAAAUUCUGCUUACAGCUUGAUAGGGACUUUUUUCAUAUAUAUAAAGAAAUAGGAUGCAUGAUACAAAAUGUAUGUGCCGAUACUGAUAUGUGAACCUGGACCACAAAAACAGUCAUAAGUGUCUAUUUUUUUAAUUGAGAUUUAUGCAUCAUCUGAAAGCUAAAGUGUUUGAUAGGAUAGGAUAAUAUUUGGUCGAUGUACAGUACUGUGCGGAAGUCUUAGGCCACCAUGCCAGAAUUAGAUUUGUUGUUUUUGCAAUGUUACAGCGAUCAUAUAUAAUUGUUUCUCAGUCUCUUUAUUAUAAUACAACCAGAAAAUACAGGAAAUGUGUAUAUAGUAUUAAAAACUGUAUAAAAAUGUAAACUGAUGUGUCAAGUUUUUAGAGUAAACUCCCCUUCCACUUGAGCAACAGGAGGAAACUGCAGGAUCUCUUAAACCCAAAUAAAAUUGAAUCCUUAUUUCUAAUUUUAAAGAAAUUUGUCUUUAAUUAGUGCCAAGAGACGUCACAUUAAACACAGACGAUGCCUAAAGAAAAUGUUUAGUCGUGAAAAUGUAUUGUUUUAUUUUUUUUUUGUGUACAUAUUUCCUGUAUGUUUCUUAAUAAAAUAGAUUGAAAAAUAAAUAUGGAUGGAGAUUUAAGUUCUAAAAUAACAAGUCAGGUAGUGGUGGCCUAAGACUUUUAAACUUAAAAUCUGAAAUCUGAGGAUGCAAAAAAUCUAAGUUUUGAGAAAAUCGUCUUUAAAGUUGUCCAAAUGAAGUUCUUAGCAACACGUAUUACUAAUGAUAAAUAUUUUUUUUAUAUAUUUACAGUUGAAAAUUUACCAAUUAUCUUUAUUGGAUCUUUACAUAAUAUCCAAAUGAUUUUUGUCAUAAACAACGAUAAUUUUCACCCAUAUAAUGUGUUGUUGGCUAUUGCUGAAAAUAAACCAGUGAGAUUUAUGACUGGUUUUGUGGUCCAGGAUCACAUAUUCAAUUACUUGGAAUGACUCUAUCGAUAUUUUUGCUUUUUACUCCUUUUUUCAAAUUAUUAUGUCAUGACAUCCUGCACAAUGCAAAAAAUGACUUUCUUUUUAGUAUUUUUGUCUUGUUUUCAGGACACGUUUCUAAAAAUUCUUAAAUCAAGAUGUAUUUUCUUGAUGAGCAAAAUGACCUAAGAAAAUAAGUCUG